AAACCAGUUGCAGUAGAUUUUGGAAUAUGGCGAGGCGAGUGACAGCUGUGUGAUGUGGUCAAUAUGAAACGUGAAUAAUCUAACAUAUUGCAUAGGUUAUAUUAAAAUACAAUUACUUGCGGUAAACAACAAUGGGGAACACAGAUACGAAAUUGAAUUUUCGUAAAGCAGUUAUUCAAUUAACUACAAAGACUCAGCCUAUUGAAGCAAAGGAUGAUGUUUUUUGGGAUCAGUUCUGGUCAGAAAGUGUCCAGAGUGCACAAGAUGUGUUUACACUCAUCCCAGCAGCUGAAAUACGAGCUCUACGUGAAGAGUCCCCUUCAAACUUGGCGACAUUAUGUUAUAAAGCUGUUGAAAAACUUGUAGCUGCAGCUGACAGUCUAUGCAAUACUCACGUACAGCAACAAACAGCACUGAAUUGUGUUAGACUAUUGACAAGAAUUCUGCCCUACAUAUUUGAAGAAUCUGAUUGGAGAGGUUUUUUCUGGUCAAGUCUUCCUGGCAAAUCUUGUGAUGAAACAGAUAGUGAGGGAGAAAAUAUGCCUCUUUCACAAUCUUUAAUCAGUGCACUUUGUGACUUAUUAUUUUGCCCAGAUUUCACUGUAUCAGCUGGUAAAAAAUCUGGACCUGAUAAUCCAGAAGACUUACAGUCUAUUGACAGUUGUGAAUAUAUAUGGGAGGCUGGGGUUGGUUUUGCUCAUACCCCAAGUCAUGUACCUCAACAUGAUUACAAUAGGACAGAAAUAUUAAAGCUUUUAUUGACUUGUUUCAGUCAGACAAUGUAUAUGCCGGCUUCUGAAGUCCAUCUUAAUCCUAAUAAAUGGAUUCAGUAUUUCACAUCAGCUGAUAAUAGACAUGCUUUGCCCCUUUUUACCUCAUUGUUAAAUGUUGUUUGUGCUUAUGACCCUGUUGGAUAUGGUGUUCCUUUUAAUCAUCUGUUAUUCACCGACUCCAGAGAACCUUUAGUCGAAGUUGCACUGCAGUUACUCAUUGUAUCACUUGAUCAUGAUUUCAGGGAACCAACAAAUGAUGAUAGUUCAGAAAAGGGAUUGCCAAGUAAUUUAUUCAUCAACUACCUGUCACGUGUUCAUAGAGAAGAAGAUUUUAGUUUCAUUUUAAAAGGCUUCACAAGACUACUGAAUAAUCCUCUUAUACAAACCUACAUUCCUAAUUCUACAAAAAAAGUUCAGUUUCAUCAGGAGCUUCUUAUAUUUUUUUGGAAAAUUUGUGAUUAUAAUAAGAAAUUUAUGUUUUAUGUAUUAAAGAGCAGUGAAGUUCUUGAAGUAUUAGUUCCUAUACUGUAUCAUUUGAACGAUGCUCGAGCAGAUCAGUCAAGAGUCGGACUUGUUCAUAUUGGAGUCUUUAUCCUCCUUUUAUUAAGUGGAGAAAGAAAUUUUGGUGUGCGGUUAAAUAAACCAUACACAGCAAGUGUGCCUAUGGAUAUUCCAGUAUUUACUGGAACACAUGCUGAUCUUUUGAUAAUUGUAUUUCACAAAAUUAUUACUACUGGACAUCAACGUCUUCAACCUCUGUUUGACUGCCUUCUAACUAUUAUUGUAAAUGUUUCUCCGUAUUUGAAGACCCUGUCUAUGGUUGCUAGCACCAAGCUUUUACAUCUCUUAGAAGCUUUCAGCACACCCUGGUAUCUGUAUUCAAGUCCUUCAAACCACCAUCUUGUCUUUUUCCUUCUUGAAAUAUUCAACAACAUAAUUCAAUAUCAGUUUGAUGGUAAUUCAAAUUUAGUCUACACUAUAAUAAGGAAACGUAAUGUCUUCCAUUCUUUGGCUAAUUUGCCAACAGAUCACAGUACUAUUCAGAAAUCUCUAAGCAAGCGUAACAAACUUGUACCUUCGACUAGCACUAUAAGUCUGAAUAGCUGUGUUUCAGGAAUGAACAAUCAAAGCAUGGAAGGAUCGACACCAGCUAAGCCAGCUGAAAAAGGAACAUUGAAUGCAUCUUUAGCAGCUACACCUUGCAUAGAUAAAAUGACCGAAAGAGAGCGAGCACAUCCUCCAAGUGCUCCUACUAGUCCAACAGAAACUUCUGCCCCUUCACUUGACUCUGCACUUGAAAUGAAUACCAAAGAGAAAACUAGUGAUGAUAUGCCACAAACGUCAGGCUUGGAUCCUGAAGGUCAGGAAAUGAUUGGAAAUGCAAGUGCCUCCAAACCUGAAAUUUCACCGAAAGAAACAAAUAAGAUUAAUAAGAUAACACCUCCUCUCAGUCCUACAUUGUCUAUUGAUUCAUCAAGCUCAGAAGCUGCAUCAUCUGUAUCAAAUGCUUUCCACAGAACUCGUGCAAGUUCUGCUGCUAGUUCUAUAGCAAGUGUUCCUCCUAGCCAGUGGGUACCUACAUCUGAUUGGGUAAUAUCAUGGAAACAGAAAUUGCCUCUUCAAACUAUCAUGAGAUUACUACAAGUUCUUGUUCCACAAGUGGAAAAAAUAUGCAUUGAUAAAGGACUAACUGACGAAAGUGAAAUUUUGAAAUUUUUGCAACAUGGCACAUUGGUUGGUUUGUUGCCCGUUCCACAUCCCAUUUUAAUUAGAAAAUAUCAAGCUAACAGUGGAACCACAAUGUGGUUUAGAACAUACAUGUGGGGUGUAAUCUAUUUAAGGAAUGUUGAUCCUCCCAUAUGGUAUGAUACUGAUGUGAAAUUAUUUGAAAUUCAAAGAAUUUAAAAGUGUAGUUUUCUUCAUUGGAUAUGAACAACAAAUCAUACCUCGUCUUUUAUGAGAAAAAAAUCCAGCAGAAGAGAUAACACAUGCAGUGCAAAAUGAAAUAAAUCCAAAGACUUUUUCUUUUAUUAUUAUUUAAAGAUAAUUAUGUUGUUGUUUUUUUCGUUCAGAUUUUUAUAUUUAAAAUGGAAGGUUAAAUAAAUUAGUUAGAAUUUUAUUUUUAUACUAAAAAGAGUGAUAUAUAUGAGAUUUUAUAUUAUGAAGGGGGAGAAAUACGUUAUUUAAUAACUUUAUCAACAAUUAAAUUAUUUGUUUUCAUAUAUUCUAUAAUAUUUAUAUUGUUGGCUGUGGAAUUUGAAGAUGUAUAUGUUGUGGAAGAAUUUUUUUACUUUAAUUAAUGAUUUGAAAUGAUAUUUAAUAUUAGAUGAAUAAAGUAUAAAAAAGGACAAUUUUUUAAAUUUUAAUUAAGCUUGAUUUAGAAAGAUUGAAAUUUAUUUUUAAUACAUUCUUUAUGCUACUUCAAUAUUAACAGACAACUGUAUUAAAUAUUUAAUAAAUAUGCAUACAUAAAUAAAAUAGAUAAUAUAAAUGCAUAAAUUAAGCUAAAAUAUAUAAAUAUUGUCUAUUUUUCAAAUAUUUUUCGUACAUUCUCUAUUUUUAUUCACAGUGAUUAGAUUACAAAUUAUUUAUUUCUUUAAAAAGAAAUUACAAUUUUCAUGGAAUGGGAUGCAGAUAUAAACACUAUUCAAAGUAUUUAGAUAAUUGAAGCAUUUCUGUAGAUUUAUUUAAAAGAUUUUUCCUUACCUUAUGGAUGAUUUUGCCAACUUUAUCAGAAAAGGAAUUACUGAAAAGUUUGGCUAUACAAAAAUACAAUUCUUGGAAUGCUUAUUCACUAGCUUACUUAUAUAAUUACCAUUUAUGUUCUUAUUAUCAAAAUAUAAAUAUUUUAUUACUAAGUAACUAUUAAUAUGUAUAUCUGGAACUAAAAAUUUUAAUAUUUUUUCUUAUAUCUGAAAAAAUUCACUUAGAAAAGAAUUUUAUAAAUUUGUUUUUAAAGAUUAAUAUUUAAUGAUAAAAACUACAAACAUAAAUUUAGGUCACUUAGUUCAUUUUAAUUUUUUUCUUCUUGAAUUUGUUUCAAGUUUUACUUUGAGUCUUAAAAAAACAGAAUGAAGAUAUUAAAAUAUCUUGCAUAUUAAGUUUUAAUAAAUCAUUUUAGUUACAAGUGGAGUUUAUAGCUGUUCCCUGAAGUUGAUAUAUAUAACAGCCUAUAUUAAAAGGAAAAAGUCCUUUUAUAUAUUCUUAUUCUACUAAUUUAUUUUAGUGUUAUUUAUUGCUUUGAUCCCCUUCUCUCUAGUCUACUUUUUUUUUUAAUAUCUGUGCAUCCCUGUGAUUUUUGGAUUUCAUAUUUGCAAAUGUAUAUUUACUUUUGGACAUCAAACAUGGCUAUUCAUUAUUAAUGUUAUUGUUAGCAUCUUCAUCACUAAUAAAAAUGUGUAUGUAUACUUAGCUUAUUUUUUAAUAAUAAUGGAGAAUAAUUUAAAAAAACAAUGUGUCAAAUUAAAUAGUCUUCUUUUAAAGAAUACUGCUUUCUGAAAAAAAAAAUCUUAAAUUUUAAAUCUUACAAUUCAGUAAUUAUAAUACAUGUAAAUUGCAUUUUAAAUUGGUGUUAUAAAUGAAACUUAAAAUUUUAAUGUAGAAUAGAUUGAAACUAAAAUCUUUAAUGUUACUUUCAAUUAGAAUUUCAAACGUUAUUUUAUUAAGAUGUUGCUUUUUUACAUAUAAAUAUUUUCAUAUAAGUAAUAAUACCUUGUGUAUAAGUAUUUCACUAUUAUGUAAUUUCUUUUGCCCAGUAAAUAAACUUCAAUAAAUAUAAGUUUUAUGGCU